AUGUCAUCUAAUGAUAGCGAACAAAUAGAAUUAGAUGAAUCACUCGCAGAAAUGAAUAAACUAUGUGAAACAAUAUCAGUUUUAACUAAUGCUGUUCACAUAAUACAAAAUGAAAAUAUCGAAUUAAAUAAUGAAUUAUUACAGUUAACUAAUACAUUCAAUAAAUGUCAGCAAGAAUUCCAAGAGAUAAAAGAAACAGCAUUUGAAAAUAACUCUUGCAUAAAUAGUAUGCAGUUAAAUCAAGAUUUGAUGAAACAAGAGCUAAAUACAUUGAAGGAUAAUUUAGAGACAACUUCAUUCGAUGGAACAUAUCUAUGGAAAAUUAAAAGUGUAAAAGAAUUAAUAACGAAUGCUCAAUCUGAACAACAAAUAAGUAUUUAUUCACCACCGUUUUAUUCAUCACAAAAUGGUUAUAAAAUGUGCAUGAAAUUAUAUUUGAGUGGUGAUGGUAAUGCACGCGGAACACAUUUAUCCUUAUUUUUUGUUAUUAUGCAUGGUGAAUUUGAUUCAGUAUUAAAAUGGCCGUUUUCAUACAAAAUUACAUUUUGUCUUUUUGAUCAAUCGGGUCAACAACAUCAUAUUAUCAAUUCUAUUCUAUCCAACAUUGAAUCUAAUUCAUUUCAACAACCCCAAACUCAAAUGACCAGCGCUUCAGGUAUUGAAAAAUUUUUCCCAUUAGCAAUGUUACAGCAAGAUGGAAAUAAUUAUGUUAAAAACGAUAUAAUGUUUAUUAAAUGUCUUGUUGAUUUCAAUGGUAUGCCAGAAACUGUCGUGCUCUAUUCAUUGAGCAUCAAUCCUGCUCUACCUGAUCGUGUUCAACAAUCAAUGGUACAAGAAGAAAUUUCACGCCGAAAAUAUGCAUCUGUCGAAGAUCACAUAGUUGAAAAUAAAAUGGAAACAUAG